AUCUUUGAUUAUUAAUUAAGUAACUAGUCUCAUGAUUUUUUUAUCGAUCUCUCAUCUGACUUGUAAUUUAAUUGUACACUUAACCAUCGCUAACCUUGUCGUGUGUUUGUUAUGUGCGUUUAAUAUUAUUUAUCAAGUGUUUAGAUUCAUUCAUUGAGUGUAAUUCAAAAUUAUGAUUCACUAGCCAUCCAUCAAGUACCAGCUUUUAGGUGAUUCAUGAACAUAUUUGGUUUUCAAUAGUUGUCUAGAGAAUUGUCAGGAAGCAAAUUUAAUUAAUGGUUUGAUGAUAGCUCAAAUUUUUCAUCGUAAGUAAUCAGCUUUCAAAUCUCAUUAAUUGUUCUGUAUUUUCAGUGAUCAUCUGAAAACUGAGAAGAUACUGAUAUGACUGUUAUUAAGGUUCAUGUAAAGCUUGAGCUAUACCAGUUAUUGGAAUGACUCUUUAUUCUGGCUUGAUUUGAUUUUAAAUUAUUGAUAUUAGGGACUUAAUUGUCAGUAUUGACCAAUUUUAAACUCUCUACAUUAACUAGAGAUGAACUAAUCUGUAAUAGAUGGCGAAAUUGAGAGUCAAAAAUUAAGUUGCCCGUUGAAUAGUGAGAAUAAGCUAUUUUAACCUAUUUUUUAUGUUAUUAUUACUUCUGUCUCUUUCUUCUUUAAUGUUGGCUUUUACGUUAGGGAGAGAAAUCUUUUCAUUAAAUCUAUGUUUUAAUAACACUGAGUUAUCUCUUGCUUGCUACUCUUUACUGUCAUCUUUAACAAUAUCAUAAUCAUCAGUUUGUUUCGUUUGUGUUUUUAAAUAAUACCAUUGGGUCAAAAAUGUCGGAUUCUAAUUUGAUGAGGAUGCUUGCAAGCUGCAAAUACAAGUACCAAACCCAGGUAAAAAAAGAUAUUGUUAAUGUUUUUAGUUUCUAUCAUGGAUUGCAGCCUAAAUUGGAAAAAUAUACCUUUCCUGGUGGUAAAGAUCAAGAGUUGGUUACACUAAAUGGUACCAUACCAAUCUCAUUUAAGGGCAGUACUUAUCAUAUUCCUGUGUGUAUUUUUGUGCAAAAAGAUCAUCCUUAUUCACCACCAAUGUGCUAUGUCCGGCCAACACCAGAGAUGGCAAUAAAAGCAUCAAAGUACGUUGACAAUGAGGGUAAAAUUUAUUUACCCUAUCUAUCAGAUUGGAAGGCUGAAUCCAGUGAUAUUCUCGGAGCUAUUCAAGUUAUGAUAAUUAUAUUUGGAGAGACUCCUCCAGUCUAUCAAAAGCCUAAGACCUCACCUUUGGAACAGCAACAAUCUUACAACAAACCUCCUUAUCCAACUCAAACUUACUCUGCACUACCUGGUCCAUCAGCCACUGUUGCCCUGCCACCUGUUUCAACCUCUGUAGCCUCUCCAUCUUAUUCCGGUGGUAAUCCACCCUAUCCAACCUCAUAUCCUUAUAGCAGUUUUCCCAGCGCGGAUCCACCUUAUGCACUCUCAAAUCCAUCAUAUCCUAAUUAUCCUAGUUACCCACCAUCAACAGGAUAUAAUCCACAAGUUAACAGCCAAGCAUCCACACCUUCCCAAAAUUCAAGAACAAUUACUGAAGAACACAUCCGAGCUUCCCUGAUUACUGCAGUUAACGAUAAAAUUAAAGAAAGAUUAAGAGAACGAUUGGGUAGAUCAUAUGCUGAGAAUGAAGUGCUCGGCAAAUACUCAGAAGACUUAGUUCGGGGUAAAAAUAAAUUGGAAUCGCUGAUGAAACGAAUGGAAAAUGAUAAAAUUGAACUGGAAAAUUGUAAGAAAACACUUACAUUAAAAAGUGCUCAGAUCGAUGAACUGAUCGUCAAACUUGAAAAUGAACAAAAAGUCAAUGCCAUAGACGAUGCGUUUGGUCCUCAAGAACCUCUUUAUAAACAAUUGUUAAAUGCCUUUGCUGAGGAAAAUGCAACUGUUGAUGCCAUAUAUUACUUAGGUGAAGCUCGAAGAAAGGGUGUCAUUGAUUUAGAGGCUUUCCUUAAAAAUGUACGUGAAUUAUCCAGAAGACAAUUCAUGCUUCGUGCGUUAAUGCAAAAAUGUCGAGAGAAAGCUGGUCUCCCAUAUUGAUAUCUAAAUUUUUGUGGUAUCACCGAAAUAUGGGUCAAGUUGGAUCAAUCAUGUAAACAAUAUAAGAUAUAUUGCACUUGAAAAUUAAUGAAUAAUAAAUCGUUUAAUUAAUAUGA